AUUGGAUCGUCUGGCUGGACAGCGGGCAUCGGGUCACCAGGCAUCAGGCAUCAGGUCAUUUGGCUUGCCAGCGGGCACCGCGUCAUCUGGCAAGGCAGCAUCAGGCUGGGUACAGGCAUCAGGCUGGGUACAGACCUCAGGCUGAAGUGCGGGUGCCGAGGCACCAGGCUGAACCACGGAAGGCAGGUUCUCAGACGGCAGGCUCACCGGUUUGGAUACUGGCAGGAUGGUAUUGGUUGGAAAGAAUUUUCGCUUUUUUCUGGUUUUAACUACUGGAGCACUGCAAGUAAACGCAUGUCUGCAAACGAAUGGAGCAGCUGGAGACAGAGAAGAGCUGGAGGAUGGAACAGAGGAGGGAGCAGUUGGUACAGAGGGCUUUUUUACAGGGUUAAAGGCAGGAUAGGUGCAGCGAGUGGGAACAGGGUACUGACAUGCGGUAGAUAGCAGGGCA